AUGUCAGGACUGUGUGCGAUGCAUAGACUGAGUGAUGUCAUGACUAGCUACACGGACCCGUACUUCUUCAGGGAGCGCCUGACCAUGCCCAAGCUGCUCAUCUCCGCCUCCAAUGACGAAUUCUUCUUCAUGGAUGACUCGUACUUCUAUUUCAACGACCUGCCACCGCCCACGCUGUUCAAGAUCGUGGCCAACCUGGACCACAUGGUCAUUCAGAAGUCCUACUGGGUACGUACCGCCUCGCCUUGCCCUCCAUCCUUCUUCUCUCCCACUGGGUGUUGCAGUAGGAAUGGUCCUCCGUUUUUCCUCUUCGCUCCCCCAAUCCCUCUCCCUCCCCCUUUACUCCUACGCCAUUCUCGCCUUCAUUCGUGGUCGUUUUUCUCCAUUCCCCACCCAUCAUCGCCGCUAACUCCAUCUCACCCUCGCCGUCCUUUCGCCUCAGCCUCGCCGCCCUGCCUUCUCAACCUUGCCGCCCUUCCUUCUCACCCUCGCCGCCCUUCCUUCUCACCCUCGCCGCCCUUCCUUCUCACCCUCGCCGCCCUUCCUUCUCACCCUCGCCGCCCUUCCUUCUCACCCUCGCCGCCCUUCUUUCUGCCUGUGGUCAGUCGGACAUCUGAAAGGACACAUCCUGCCUCUCCUCUGCUGCCAUUAGCUGCUGCUGGCACUGCUCAUUGGCUCGUUGCAUACUCCGCAAAUCUCCACCCAUGCUUUUUCUGUUCUUCCUGCGCCCAUGGUUUUCCCCUCCCUCACCCCCUUCUGCCUCACCCCCUUCUGCCUCACCCCCUUCUGCCUCACCCCCUUCUGCCUCACCCCCUUCUGCCUCACCCCCUUCUGCCUCACCCCCUUCUGCCUCACCCCCUUCUGCCUCACCCCCUUCUGCCUCACCCCCUUCUGCCUCACCCCCUUCUGCCUCACCCCCUUCUGCCUCACCCCCUUCUGCCUCACCCCCUUCUGCCUCACCCCCUUCUGCCUCACCCCCUUCUGCCUCACCCCCUUCUGCCUCACCCCCUUCUGCCUCACCCCCUUCUGCCUCACCCCCUUCUGCCUCACCCCCUUCUGCCUCACCCCCUUCUGCCUCACCCCCUUCUGCCUCACCCCCUUCUGCCUCACCCCCUUCUGCCUCACCCCCUUCUGCCUCACCCCCUUCUGCCUCACCCCCUUCUGCCUCACCCCCUUCUGCCUCACCCCCUUCUGCCUCACCCCCUUCUGCCUCACCCCCUUCUGCCUCACCCCCUUCUGCCUCACCCCCUUCUGCCUCACCCCCUUCUGCCUCACCCCCUUCUGCCUCACCCCCUUCUGCCUCACCCCCCCUUCUGCCUCACCCCCUUCUGCCUCACCCCCUUCUCCCUCACCCCCUUCUGCCUCACCCUCUUCCUGGUCUACGAUGCGACCGGCUCCUUCCUCACCUCUCUCCUGCACGUCAACUCCUCCUGCGCCUCUCGCCCCGCCUCCUCCCGCCCCUCCCUCACCUGGACGAGCCCCACCAACCCCACCCCCUCCUCCCUCACUCCCCACACCACCUCCAUCUCGUCAGACUCCCCUUCCCCUCAAACCCCCCACAACCCUCACAGCUCUCAGCCUUCCAGUCUCCCAGACGCAGAGGCAGCAGCAGCAGUGGCAGCAGUGCAGUCCCCCCCUUGGGGCUGUGUACCAGAGAUGCCAGCUGUCGACUGGCCUCAGCUGAGGUGGCGGUUUGAUUGGUCCACGUUCACCAUCCAUGCCACGUCAGACAGGAAGCCGUUGGCG